AUGAAUCUCAAACAAACAUAUCUGAUUUCUCCGCCGCUGGUUGAUUUACAGCAGCCCAACAAACUUGCAAAUAGUGAACUCAGUGUCCAGUUUGAAAACACUACUCUCAAACAUAAUAAAAACCCAAAGUACCUAGGUGUUACACUCGAUAGAACACUUUCGUUUAAAGAGCACUUAUCAAAAACAGCAGACGAGUUGAAAACAAGAAAUAUAAUACUAAAUUUGUGCGGAACAUCUUGGGGUGCUUCAAAUUCUACUCUACGCUCGUCAGCUCUGGGUCUCGUCUAUUCAGAUGCCGAAUACUGCGCUCCGGUAUGGCUCAAUAGCCCACAUUUCCACAAAAUAGACGCACAGACCAAUAAUACAAUGCGAAUGAUCGCUGGUGUUAUUAAAUCCACACCCACACAAUGGCUUCCAGUACUGAGUCUCUGUACAGAGAGUUUAACAAGAUAUUGGACAACAGAGAAUUGCCGAUCCAUACAGACAUCGAGGAUGCUAACCACAACCGCCUCCGAUCUAGAAAACCACCCACCAAGACCGCACUAA